AUGAUUGCUUCUCUAUGUGGUGAAAAUGCUUGUUUCACAAUUGCAGCCACUCUCCCUGGUGUGCUGCUGUUGCUGCUGCUUCUGCUGCUACAAAACCCAGCCAUCUGCCUUCCAACCAUCUCUGGCCAGGAAGAUGUACCUUGGCAAUCGACAGAGAACUGGUGUAACCAGCUGUUCUCCAAUGUGGUGCCAAUGCUGCUGCGGGAUAAGGAAGAGGAGGAGGAGCAGGGAAGGCAGCUCUUUGAUAUGGACAGCUUCCUCUCAGACAUCUCAGACACCCUGUUCACCAUGACUCAGGGCAACUGUCCACCUCAGUCAUCAUCAGAGGAAGGGCAACAAAAGAAGACCCNCCCUCGUCUUCAGUCUGCAGGUGGCUGCCCAGCUCAGCUUGGUUCACCUGGUGCCUUCCUCAGCCCUGAGAUCCCUCCCGUUCCUUCCCCCUCAACCUCCCCCAACAAUUUUGGUCCUGAUCGCAAGCAGAAGCCCCUGCUUCCCUACACACUCCCCAACAAAUGGCUCAGCCUUGACCACUAUGGAUCUUACUGUCCUGCCUCCCUGCCCAGAGCCCCUUUGCUCGGCCAACAGCCAGUUGGCCCACCACUGUCAGCCCCUUGCUCCAAGUUCCACUACCCAUCUGCCCCUCUCUUUUCUUGUCCUAAUUCCCCGUCCCUCUCCACAGCCUGUUUUCCCCCAAAUAUACCAGGUUACAAUUUAGACUUGCCAUCUGGAUACCAUUCUCCCUUCAAUGCAUCACAUCUGCUCCCUAGUCUGCCAAUUUCUGGCCUGGCCAGAGGACAGUCCCCAUCUGGAAGUGACAGGCCCAAGACCAAGGGGGCAACGGUCAAGAACAAGAGAUCCCCAAGACUUCCUGUCUCCCCACUUGCUGCAACAAUAUCUGACCAAUGUCUGACAGAGCUGCUGAGCACAGCAAAAACAGAACCUAGUUUAGAGGACCUGGCUGCUCCCAGCCACACCGUGGCUGCCACAGCACCUGAGACCCUGCGCAACACAUUUGGUGAUGAACCCGCCAGCUUUUUGCCCCAAAUAACAGAGCUCAGCCCUCAGCUGUCCCCCAUCUCCAGCCCUUCGCAGUCCAUUGCAACCACAGCAUCAACAGGUUCAUUGCUUGUCCCCAAGAUGGAACGCCUCUCCCCCACUCCUAUUUGUGCAGCCAAUAACCAAAGAAUGACACAGGGACCUCCUGUCUUCCUUGAGGGGCUAGUUUCAUCCCCUCUCUAUGCAAGCCAAACUAGGGCAGAACCAAGCAAGGUAAGAUCAUGUUCCCUCAGAUCAUAUUAACCCUGUGAAACCCAGAGAUUAGUGAAUUGUGAAGCAAUAAUAAACUCAUAAGGGAGAGCACCAAGGACCCCUCAUUAGUAAAAACCCUCUGAUUUAUCGCAGCUUAUUUCUCAUAUGCUUCAUUGGUCUGUGGCAUUUUCCUUGCUGUCCUCUAGACGGUUUUUAGAAAUACAUGCAUAAAAUCAAUCAUCAGGGAUGGAACUCGUAAAAAAAAACACAGCUUGUGACUGUGUCAAAGAACAAAGGGGCAACCUGAAAAUGAAACUUCCUUCUUGUACCCUGUUCGAAAUGCUCAGCUUCCAAGGAAAUAGAAACCUACAAAUCCUAUCAAUAUUUUUGUUUUAAAGCCCUAUUUGAUCAGUCCUACAAGAAAACAUAUAGGUUUCCUAUGGAAACCUAGCAGGAAAUGCAUUCCAGUUAUAUGACCAUUUGGUACCAGAUUCUGGCAAUGUGAUUCAGGAGCUACAUACAGGUAGUCCUCAACUUAGGGUGCAGUACUGCAGGCCACUUUAGCUGACUGUGAUCUGC